AUGUCCUCCGAACACUGGAGCUUCUUUGGGCUACCGCCCUUCUUCACCGAGCAGCACUCACCGGCUACGGUGGACAGGCAGUGCACUCUAUGGUCGAACCUCCUCCUCGACCACGCCAUCUACCACGCCAAGCGCACCGCCGGCGGCGAUACCAACGCCCUUCUGCGCUUCUAUAAUACCCAGAGCGACGUCUUCUACAACCCGGCCAUCAAUAAGCGUCUGAGCCCAGAGGCAGCUCACACGAUGCUGCAGUCGCUUGUUGCACGCCACCCAAACCACGCCGUCAUCGUCUCGGACGGCGGCCCCAGGGACUUCUCUGUGCUCGUGUGCACGACGGAGGACGGGUUCAAGGGGAUGGAGGAGACGUUGCUGCGCUACAUUCUCGGCCACGGCGAGGUGCAGACGACGGCAAUGCUCUCGAAAACGGGUACAGUCAUGACCUUCGACGAGCUCGCCAGCGGCACAGCCCUCGGCUACGGGCAGGCUCGUCCAGUGUAUCUCGCGCGAUUUUCCUCUGCUGCCGUUCCAGUUGCUGAUGUCGGCCGCCUCUCCGAGGAGCAGGCGAUCCGCAUGUACUUGCACGCUCUGAACCAUCGCCCCGUGUCGGCGAUGCGCCCCUUCAAGGUGACUCUCUUUAACCUCGACGGGACCACGACACAGCCCUACCAAGGCGUCAAGUUUGGUGGCGAAUGA